AACAUAAUGGCAACCGCAGAUGCUUAUUGAGAUUGAAAAUUAUGAUCAAGUGAAGGCGAUGAUUACAAUCCCCAGCUUGUAGAAUUCAGGAUCUAUAAAUAUGGCCAGUCACAACCUCAGCAAUACACUACUAGUCCCAUAUUAGCAGUAGCUGAUUGGCCAAUUAGGCACUAACUAGGCAGAAAGAGGUAUGGCGACGGAGGUCGCCGUUGUUCCUGGCACGAGGACGCCGGUGUCAGUGCUGGUUCUCAUGGCACUGACCGUGGUCUGCCUAUCCGCAAACGGCGCGGCGGCGCAGCAGGCAAGCGGCGUGGCGGCGACGUACAACCUGUACAACCCAGAGAAGAUCAACUGGGACCUGCGCGCCGCCAGCGUCUUCUGCGCGACGUGGGACGCCGACAUGCCGCUGGCGUGGCGGCAGAGGUACGGCUGGACGGCGUUCUGCGGCCCCGCCGGCGCGCACGGCCAGCCGUCCUGCGGCCGCUGCCUCCAGGUGACGAACAGGGCGACGGGGGCGCGUACGGUGGCGAGGGUGGUGGACCAGUGCGCCAAUGGCGGGCUCGACCUUGACGCUGCCGUGUUCCAGCAGAUCGACACCGACAGAGGCGGCGCCGCCAACGGCCACCUCGUCGUCGACUAUGAGUUCGUCGGCUGCCAAGACUAAAUGUGCAUGGGAAAUCAGUAGCCCCAGCAAGAAAUAAAACGCAGUCGAAAUCAAUACUACUCGAGGCCUACAGCACGUGUUGUUUUCCGAUUCUGAAUAUCUCGUCAUCAUGUAACUCAUAAUCGAUAGUCGCAAUGACAGCUUUUUAUGUCCCAUCAAAGGCACGUAAUCUGGCUACUGAAUAACAAAUUAGUUCAUAUAAAC